AUGCUGAUAACCAUGUCCGACUACAAGGUGUCCGUAGCACUGGACGUUCCGCGACGCACGUUGCGCAAUUGGAUAUCCCAUAAACACGAGAUUCUAGCGUACGACGGUAACUUGAAAAAUAUUAAACUGGAGCCUGGUGGAAGAUACGAGGUCUUUCCAGACCCGCCAGGACCCAUCGAGUUCAUAAACCAUGUCCGCGACAACGAGUGUGCCCUCAUGACUACGCAUCUCAUCCUGUGGAUGAAGGCAAACCAGCGUGAGUGGUUGAACAACUGCCUCGCCACCAAGCAACAGUCGACGUCGUACGACGCUUUCCUCCGCCUGCUCCAGCGCUUCUGCCAUCGUCACGGUUUCUCCCGCCAGCGUCCCACCAAGAACAAGGUCAAGCAAGCCGAUCUUGCUGAGGUGCAGAGCGACUUCGCCGCGGAGUUCCACCGCGAGUACAUUGCGUACGGCAACGAGUGCGUGUACAACGUUGAUGAAGCAGACAUCUAUUACGACAUGCCGCCGCGCUACAUUUGGGCGGUGCGAAGCGGAAGCUCCAAAAUCUUGAGCGGGGAGAAGCAUUCGCUUCGCAUGACGGCGGUGCUCACGGGGGUGCCUGGUGGUCACAUUGACAGUGGCGGGCUCAGCACAUUCCCUCCCGGCCAUCACUACGCGGUUCAGCAGUGUGCCUGGAUGGACAAGCGUAUAUGGGUCACGUACCUUCAGGAUGUCCUCGGCGAAACGAUCGAGGAGCCGUCAGUCGUGCAGCUGGAUAACUUCGAGUCACAUGUGUCGGGUGAGUCGUACAACAUCAUGUACGAGGAGCCCGCCUGUGUGCGUUGCCACCGACGGCGACGUCGGUGUGUCAACCCCUUGACGUUGGGUGAUGGCGCCGUUUAA